AUGGUAACCCCAGCCAUUACCAUACACGUCCUGAGCUUCAAAGAACAAGCGAUUGUUGCUUAUCCCGAUCCUAACCACAACGAGCAUGUGAUAAUUGUUUAUCUAAAGAUUACCCGACAUAAUAUCAUAGAUGUGACGGCUGUCAAUAAUCCGACCGGUGAACACCGGUAUGACAACGGUAAUCGGGCCAAAGAUGAGAUUGUACUGAAGAUAGUCUUCAAAGUGCGCGCACGAUGGAAAAUCUGA